AUGGUUUGCCUGUGCUUCACAUCCAACGUGGGAAAGAAGUCUGUUUCAAAUGUGACCGUUCAGACAAGCACAACCAACCUGGUGGAGUUCAAUGACACAGCAGUACUUAUGUGCAGAGUGUCCAAAGGUACAUCCCUGUCUUAUCAGUGGUUCAAUGGGAGCUCAAUGAUCACGACCAAAGAAAAAGUUCAACUCAGCAGUGGAAACACCAUUCUCACUAUCAUGAACGUGACCCGCUAUGAUCAAGGACUAUACAAGUGUAAUGUGUCUAAUAAUGUCAGCAAUGACAUCAGCGCCCCUGUGAAUCUGACUGUCAGCUACGGCCCAAGUAACACAGAGAUGACAGUCAUGCCCCUUAUGAAUAUAUACAAAGGCGGAUCUAAUAUCACACUGUCAUGCUCAGCGGUCUCCAGUCCUCCAGCAAUGUUCCAGUGGAUGGUUAAUGGAGUCUACCUAAACAAAAUUGAACCAAAGCUUGAACUAGAGAAAGUUAACGAGAGCAUGUCAGGAAAUUACACAUGCCUAAUUCACAAUAAUGUCACGUUCAGAUUCAGCAGCCAAACAGCAACAAUCCAGAUUGUGGAUCCUGUGACAGCAGUCGUGGUGAGUCUUGCCAAACCAGCAAUAUUUGGUGAGACAUUCUCUUUGAGCUGUGAAGUGACGGGACCUGUUGACAUCAUUCACUGGUGGAGAAAUGAUCAACUUAUUUCUGCUGACAAUAAAACAACGUUUGACACGGGCAACAGGACACUGACUAUUAGUUCAACCCAGCAUUCAGAUGGAGGAGAUUAUCAGUGUGAGGCUUUUAAUUCUGUAAGCAACCAAACCAGCCACCGCUUCACAGUCACAGUUUACUAUGGACCAGAGAUAGCAAAUGUCAUGGGACCAAAUUUGGCAGAGGCAGGAGACUACGUCACAUUCACCUGCAAUGCAACAUCUAAUCCUCCCAAUCCAAUCCAAAAUGUAAAACUAAAUGCACCAGUGACCUUUGUCAAAGAAGGUUACGCCUAUAAUUUAACAUGCAAUGUAACUGGACCUGCUAACUACAUUUACUGGAUGAAGAAUGGGCAGAGACUGCAUGAAGACAACACGACUUUUUUCCACAAGAAUAACGAGACAGUUGAGAUUAAUCCAGUAAAACGAUAUGACACUGGAAACUACUACUGUUUGGCUAUUAAUGCUGCUGGAAACAUGUCCAGCGCUCUUUACAUGCUCGUUGUCAUCUAUCAAAUAGAAAAUGUGGAAGUAAAAGCACCAAUGAUGCCGGCCAUAGAAGGUUAUUCAUAUAACUUAACAUGCAAUGUAACUGGACCUGCUGAAUACAUUUACUGGAUGAAGAAUGGGGAGAUACUGCAUGAUGAAAACAGAACUGUUUUCUACAUGGAAAAUAAGACGCUCCACCUCAGUAUGGUGGAGCGCUAUGAUAAUGGAAUCUACUACUGUAUGGCUAUUAAUGCUUUUGGAAACAAGACCAGCCCUGCUUAUAACCUCAUUGUCAAUUAUGGUCCAGAAAAGCCCAUUAUUUAUGGGCCAGCUUUUGCUGAAACAGGACGUCAAGCCGUCUUCAGCUGUUCUGCCAUGUCAGUGCCACUCACUCAAUUCUGCUGGUGGUUCAAUGGAUCAAUGGUGUCCAACACGUCAGUGUAUGCAACUAGCCUCUUGUCUUUCAACAUGAGUGGAGAAUACACAUGUAUGGCCAUUAAUAAUGUGACAGGAAAGAACAGCACAAACUCCACUACGCUCACAGUUGUUGAGGCCAUAGAGUCAGUGAUGAUCAAAAACACGACAAUUCCAAUCGACACUAAAAACUUUACUCUCACCUGUGAAGUUAUUGGGCCCUAUGACACAAUCUACUGGAUGAAAGACAACAUGAAGCUUAACACGCAUACCUCUAAUAACUCAUAUGCAUCCUAUAAUAUUGAAAACAACAUGCUGCAUUUCACCCCAGUGACACUGGACAGUGAAGGGACAUAUCAGUGUGUUGCUACCAAUAAGGCUGGUGAUCAUGUGAGCCCCCAGUACAGACUGUUGGUGAUCUAUGGCCCAGUCAGACUGACCAUUUCCCGUGCAAGUAUGUUCAUGCACGUGUCCCUGAUAUGCCAGGCUGAUUCUCGACCAGCGUGUGACUUCUCCUGGUUCUUCAACAAUCUGUCAACACCUCUACAGAACACAUCUAUUAUUGUCUUCCCUGCAACCAGCCAGAAUUUUGGGAAUUACAUAUGCAAGGCAUGGAACCCCGUGACUGAUAUCACAAUGUACCAAAAUCUUACAGUCACAGGUGAAUAA